AUGCGGCGGAUCCGGAUCGCCGCGCUCAACGCCAGCUCGGCCGUGGAGGACGACCCCGAGGGGACCCUCAAGAGCCACAAGUCGCAGACCAAGGAGGCGCAGGAAGCAGAAGCCUUUGCCCUCUAUCAUCAAGCACUGGACCUUCAGAAGCAUGACCUCUUUGAUGAAUCGGCCAAAGCCUACCACGAACUGCUGGAGACCCGCCUGUUGCGUGAAGCAGUUGCAUCUGGAGAUGAGAGGGAGGGGUUGAAGCAUCCGGGCUUGAUGCUGAAGUAUUCAACUUACAAGAACUUGGCGCAGCUGGCUGCCCAGCGAGACGACAUCGAGACAGCUAUGGAGUUCUACCUGGAGGCUGUGCUGCUUGACUCCACAGACGUCAACCUCUGGUAUAAAAUUGGCCACGUGGCCCUCCGGCUCACCCGCCUGCCCCUGGCACGACAUGCUUUUGAAGAAGGGCUUGCCUGUAAUCCUGACCAUUGGCCUUGUCUAGAUAACCUCAUCACCCUCCUCUACACCCUCAGCGACUACACGACGUGCUUGUAUUUUAUCUGCAAAGCCCUGGAAAGAGACAACUGUUACAGCAAAGGACUUGUUAUUAAGGAGAAGAUCUUUGAGGAACAGCCGUGCCUCAGAAGGGAUUCCUUAAGGAUGUUUCUGAAAGGUGACCUGCCAGUGUGUGAUGUGCCUGUGAGUGCGUCAGAAACACAAACGAUUCUGGAGGAAGCCCUGGAGCUGCGCAGGAAAAGGCAGGCUUUGAUGGCACGGAAGACUGAGCCAGAUCUCAAGCUUGCCCAGCCGAUCUCUCUGUUCACGUGGAAAUCUCUAGGAGAGAGUCUGAUGGCCACUUACUUGCACCUCACAACUUGUGAGCCGCCUCGUCCAAGCUUGGGCAAGCGAAUUGAUCUCUUGGAAUACCAAGAUCUGGACCAGCACCUGGAGAGCCAGGCAAAUUCAGCCCCUGUCAGUGUUCUUCACCCCAGCCCUGUCAGUUCCAACCCACUGAUGCCUUUGACAGAACCACUGCUCGUGUAUACCCCACUGACUCCCACCUUCCCCAGUUUGACUGUACUGGAAUCAGUAAACUCUGCAGGUGAUGCUUCUGGAGCUGACAAAUCUAAGAAAGGGCUGAAACGGAAGAAAAUCAUGGAAGAGACUGGCGAAACAGCAAAGAGGAGAUCGGCUCGAGUCAGGAAUACCAAGUGCAAAAAAGAAGAAAAAGUCGAUUUCCAGGAGCUGCUAGUAAAAUUCCUUCCUUCUCGCCUGAGGAAGCUGGAUCCAGAAGAAGAAGGUCCGUUCAACCACUAUGAGAUGCAAAGCACAGCAAAGGAAGAGAACUCCCAGCCCCUGGGCUCCCAUAGGAUGUCCCUUGACCUGACAGUCUGCAUGGAAUCUGAGAAGCAGGAUGUUCAUAAGUUCCUCUUGGCUAAUUUGAGCAACGGAGGCAUCCUUGAACUGAUGAUGAGAUACCUGAAAGUCAUCAGUCAGAAGUUCCUGGUCAAGUGGCCACCAGGACUGCCUGAGGUUGUCCUGAAUAUCUACAACAACUGGAGAAAGCACAGCAGCAGCCUACCCAACCCACUAUUAAGGGACUGUCACAAUCAACACAUCAGGGAGAUGAUGCUGAUGAGCCUCUCCUGCAUGGAAUUGCAGCUGGAUCAGUGGUUGCUGGCCAAAGGGAAGAGCUCCAUGGUAUCUCCCAGGAAUGGUCCCUCUGCCAGCUCGGCCAAUGGCAAAUUUGGCCCAGACUUUCCGGGCACCCACUUCUUGGGUGAUCUGCUGCAGCUCUCGUUCGCUUCUUCCCAGCGGGACCUCUUUGAGGCGAGUUGGUUGCAGUUUGCUGUCCGGGUGUAUUGGCUGAAAGCUCGGUUUCUGGCUCUACAGGGGGAAAUGGAGCAGGCCCUGGAAAACUACGACGUCUGCACGGAGAUGCUCCAGCAUUCUGCUGCCCUUGAGGCCAUCCCUGACAGCGACAAGAGAGUGGUGAUCAGGCUGCCCAACCUCCAUGUUGACUCUGUGGUUUCUUUGGAAGAGAUUGAUAAGAAUCUGAAGUCCCUGGAGAGAUGCCAGUCUUUGGAGGAGCUUCAGCGCUUAUAUGAGGCUGGGGACUACAGGGCUGUGGUUCAGCUGCUGCGCCCAACGUUGUGCCUCAAUGGAGACAGCAGGACAGAGCACCUGGAGUUGGCUAUCUCCAUUCCAGAGAGGCCAGCUCAACUUCUCUUGCUACAGGAUUCCCUCCUUCGACUGAAGGACUAUCAGCAGUGCUUGGAAUGCUCUGAAGUGGCCUUGAACGAAGCCUUCCAGCAGAUGAUGAAUACAACAGCCGCCUCAGCCAAGGAGGAGUGGGUGGCCACUGUCACCCAGCUGCUCCAGGGCAUCGAUCACUCCCUCUCAGCAGAUAGCAGCAGCAGCAGCCUGAGCGAAGUUUCUGCCCUGCCGAAUCUCAUCCGAUUGAGUCACAACCUCAUCCAGAUUAUCGAUUCCAGCAUGGUAGUCCAGGAGGAACCCAAAGAGCCGUUUGUAUCCUCAGUGCUUCCCUGGAUUAUUCUUCAUCGCAUCAUUCAGCAUGAAGAAGAAAGCGUCCAGCCCCUUUGCUGCCAACAGGAGGAGCAGCUGCAGAAUCCACAGGAAGGAGUGUCUCCAAUUCAAGACACGCCUAUGCUGCCCCCUUCCCUAAUGCUGCUGAACACGGCCCAUGAAUACCUUGGAAGAAGGUCCUGGUGCUGUAACUCAGAUGGAGCCCUGCUUAAAUUCUACGUGCGGGUUCUGCAAAAAGAGCUUUUGGCCUCCACCACAGAAGACACCCACCCUUAUAAAGAGGAGCUGGAGACGGCCCUGGAGCAGUGUUUUUACUGCCUGUACGGCUUCCCAAGCAAAAAGAGCAAAGCUCGGUACUUGGAAGAGCAUUCUACGCAGCAGGUGGAGUUGAUCUGGGAAGAUGCCCUAUUCAUGUUUGAAUAUUUUAAGCCCAAGACCCUUCCUGAGUUUGACAGCUAUAAAACCAGCACCGUCUCUGCUGACCUAGCCAACCUUCUGAAGAAGAUGGCCACGAUUGUCCCUCAAACAGAUAAGCCUAUGCUGAGAUUGGAAGAAGUGUCGAGUUACAUUGAAGGGACCUUAACCAAGGUGCCAGCUCUCCCAGAGGGCGCAGACUUCUCUCCUCCAGUGGUGACCGAGCUAUACUACCUCCUGGCUGACUACCACUUCAAGAAUAAGGAACAGUCCAAGGCCAUCAAGUUCUACAUGCACGACAUCUGCAUCUGCCCAAAGAGGUUUGACUCAUGGGCGGGCAUGGCUCUGGCCCGGGCCAGCCGCAUUCAGGAUAAGUUGAACUCCAACGAACUGAAGAGCGACGGCCUCAUCUGGAAGCAAUCCACCCCCGUGCUGAGCUGCUUCAAACGAGCCCUCGAGAUCGACGGAUCCAACCUCUCGCUCUGGAUAGAGUAUGGCACCAUUUCCUACACUCUACACUCCUUCGCCUCCCGACAACUGAAGCAGUGGAAAGCAGAGCUUCCCUUGGAGGUGGUGCAACAGAUGGAAGAGCGGCGCAACGGCAUGUUGGAAACCGCCAAGCAUUGCUUCACGUCCGCUUCCCGCUGCGAGGGGGACGGAGACGAAGAGGAGUGGCUGAUCCACUACAUGCUGGGGAAGAUUGCGGAGAAGCAGAAGCAGCCCCCAGGGGUCUACCUCUUUCACUACAAGCAGGCGGGUCACUUCCUGCAUGAAGAGGCAGCACGGUACCCCAAGAAGAUCCACUACCAUAACCCCCCAGAGCUUGCCAUGGAGGCCCUGGAGGUCUACUUUCGGCUUCAUGCGUCGAUCCUCAAACUGGUGGGGAAACCUGACUCAGGAGCAGAUGCUGAGCUGCUGGUGACUUUCAUGAAGGAAGCUGCCGAGGGCCCCUUUGCCAGGGGAGAGGAAAAAAAUACCCCCAAGCUCUCUGAAAAGGAAAAGCUUUGCAUGGCAGACGAGGACUCGCGUUCUUCUGCAGGAACUCUGCCAGGCCCCGGGACUUCCCUGCUCUCUUCCUCCGGUCCAGGUCUGACUUCCCCACCCUACACAGCCACUCCAGUUGACCACGAUUACGUCAAAUGUAAAAAAAGCCAUCAGCAGGCAACACCGGAUGACAGGAGUCAGGACAGCACAGCGGUGGGGCUCUCGGACUCCAAUUCCACCCAGGACACCUUUACGGAGCUUGCCAGCCUCCCGGACAGCAACAACAAGAAGACUUUUCCGGAAGGGAGGCCCUUGGCUCCUUGCUCGGACACCGCGGCACCCGGGAAAGAGAGCCUGGCGCCCACAGAGGACAGGGGAAAGCUGGAAGACCCCCUGGGCAGCCCUGACGCCUGCCGUGCUGCGGAGCCGAAGCCCCCUCCCCAGGGACCUUCCAAAGCCUCUGUUCCCCCGCUCCCCUCCCAGGGGGACCCCAAGAGACCAGCCGAGCCCCUCUGCACCAGCCAGUUCGCCCAGGGCCUCCCCGCAGACCUGGAGGAGCAGCGCACUUUCCUGACCGAGCGCUGCACCGCCGCCUUCCACCUCUGCCUCAGCCGCUUCCCCCAGCAUUACAAGAGCCUCUACCGCCUGGCCUGCCUCUAUGCCUGCAGCCCCACCCAUAAGAAUCUGCCGUGGGCGCGUGAUGUGCUGCUAGGCAGCAGUCUCCCCUGGCAGCAGCUGAGGCACAUGCCAGCGCAGGGUCUCUUCUGUGAGAGGAACAAGACCAACUUCUUCAACGGAAUUUGGCGCAUCCCCGUGGAUGAAAUCGACCGUCCCGGUAGCUUCGCCUCUCAUAUGAACCGCUCCAUUGUCCUGCUGUUGAACGUGCUGUCCCAGCUCAAAGAUUACCACACUUUGCUGAAAAUCUCCUCUAUGCUGCAGAGGACCCCCGACCAGGGAAAGAAAUACUUGCGGGAUGCGGAUCGCCAGGUUCUCGCCCAGCGCGCCUUUGUUCUCACCGUGAUGGUGCUAGAGGACAUGUUGCAUGAGCUCACCGAGGUCUCCGAAGAUCAAAGCGGCCAGUGCUGCGACGUUUUGGAGACAAGGAUGACUACCGAUGUCUUUCACAAGGCGAGCGCGGAGGAUGGUCAGGAACCCCUGCCCCCAAAGGCAGCCUUGUCCGGACGGGAAGGGGCAUCUUACAGCACUGAGGAUGUGGCCCAAGGAGAGGGACAGGACCAGCCUCUCACGGCCAUGGAGCCAGAUGAGGGCAAGCCGGAAAAACCCCCGAAAGAAGCGUCUCCGUCAGGCCCUGCUGAACCCAUGGAGUGCGACCCCUUUGCUGCUGAGCCUGAAAAAAUGGAGGCCUUCUCUCUCUAUCCUGAGGCGGCCCAGUUGCCCCCUGGCAAGGUCUGCAAGGACAAGGCCCCCGAGAGCCAGACCACGGCAGAGCUGUCCCUGGAGGACUUAAGCAUCAGCUCCAAGCACCAGCAGCUGGAGGCAGGGAAGGGCCAGGCCGGCCCCACAGAGGAGACUAGCCAGAAGGCCAACCGGAAGAGGAAGCUGGCCGGGGACACGGAGUCGGGGAAGACCCUCCUUCUGGACGCCUACCGCGUGUGGCAGCAAGGGCAGAAGGUCAUGACCUACGACCUGGGCAAAAUUGAGAAGAUCAUGUCUGAGACCUACAUGCUCAUUAAGCAAGUUGACGAAGCGGCCGCUCUAGAACAAGCCGUCAAAUUUUGCCAAGUCCACAUUGGCGCUUCUGCCCAAAAGCAGUUGGCUGGAGAUGCCCCAGCCACCCCGAAGCACCCCAGAGAUAGCCGGGACCACUUCUUUGCAGCUGCCCCUAAGUCUCUGACACCCCCCAUGGGGACCGCUGCGGACGCGACUUCCUCGGUUGCAGAAGCUCUGCCCAGACUGGCAGACCAGCAGAGCAAGCCCAAGGCAGCCUCGCCCUCCUCCUCCUCCUCCUCUUCUUCCACCACCGGCGGUCUUCUCCUGCCGCCGCAGGAGCCGGCAGGGGUGGAGAACGUCAAGGAGAUACCUCCUACCUCCAGCCUCAAGCCUGACAAAGAAGAGGAGAGCAGAUCGGAGCCCCUCCUGGCGGGAGUGCCGCAAGAAUCCUCCGGCUGCCAGCCGAUGAAAAUGGCUGCCAUCCUCCCCUCUUCUGGUCUGCCCCCCUGGCAGGUAGAGCUGGAGUCAGCAGGACAGAUGGGGGGUCCAGCAUCCAGUUCCAAGGCUGAACUCGCAGCAGAUGGGCACCCCCUGGGGAGGCAAGUCAGCAAAGCCGGCAGCAGCCGAGUGAAGUCCCGCCCCUUGCCCGGUGUGCCAAAGCUCUUCAUCCCUUCGUCCGUCUCCAAAUUCCCCCCCGAGAUCACCGUCACCCCACCAACGCCCACCCUCCUGUCCCCGAAGGGCAGCAUCUCGGAAGAGACCAAGCAGAAGCUGAAGUCUGCGAUCCUUUCGGCCCAGUCCGCGGCCAACGUGAAGAAGGAGAGCCUCUGCCAGCCUGCCCUGGAGGUGGUGGAGACCUCCAGCCAAGAAUCUUCCCUGGAGAGCGACUCCGAAGAGGAGGAGGGCGAGGAAGAGGAGGAGGAAGAGGAAGAGGAGGAGGAGGACAACGACUGCAUGGACAUCUGAAGCACCUGGGCUUCUCCCAGGGAGGCUGAGGGGGGCGGGGGGGGGGUUGGAUGGAAAGAGGGCCUGCCUGCCUGCCUGCCUUCCUUUCCCACU